GCGUGACUCUAUUUCCGUUUCUGGUUUUGCUCCAGUGUUUGGGUUUCUUCGCGGUCGCCCAAGAUGAACCGAUUCUUCGGAAAAGCAAAACCGAAGGCUCCGCCUCCCAGCCUGACUGACUGCAUUGGCACGGUGGAUAGCCGGGCAGAAUCCAUUGACAAAAAGAUUUCUCGACUGGAUGCUGAACUAGUGAAGUAUAAGGAUCAGAUCAAGAAGAUGAGAGAGGGUCCUGCAAAGAAUAUGGUCAAGCAGAAAGCCUUGCGUGUUUUAAAGCAAAAACGGAUGUAUGAGCAGCAGCGGGACAAUCUCGCCCAACAGUCGUUUAACAUGGAACAAGCCAAUUACACCAUCCAGUCAUUGAAGGAUACCAAGACCACGGUCGAUGCUAUGAAACUGGGAGUAAAAGAAAUGAAGAAAGCGUAUAAGCAAGUGAAAAUUGACCAGAUAGAGGAUCUACAAGACCAGCUGGAGGAUAUGAUGGAAGACGCAAAUGAAAUCCAAGAAGCGCUGAGCCGUAGUUAUGGCACCCCAGAGUUAGAUGAAGAUGACCUAGAAGCAGAACUGGAUGCACUGGGUGAUGAGCUUCUGGCUGAUGAAGACAGCUCGUAUUUAGAUGAAGCAGCAUCUGCACCUGCAAUUCCUGAAGGUGUGCCCACUGACACAAAGAAUAAGGAUGGAGUGUUGGUGGAUGAAUUUGGUUUGCCACAGAUCCCUGCUUCAUAGACUUCCGUCAUUCAAACACAUUGUGUCAAAGGAACAUGUAUUCUGGGAACUGGGAAAUAUCUUUCCAAAUUUACCAUAACAGAGUUAGGUUUCUUUCCUUUCUUUGAAGGAAAAGUUAAUAACGUUGCUCUUUUCUUUUUUUUUCCGUUGAGAGACUCAUCGCUGGGGGAUGUUUUCUUUGUGCUAAAUUUUGAUUCUUUUCUCUUAUGAAAGACUAACUUAAAAAUAUCAUGGCUAUGUAAGACCUGUUUUCAUUCAUUAAUAAUUGAAAUAAAAUGAAGGAAAUGGGAAUCUUUAAAUUUUAUGAAAAUGUAACUCCACAACCUCAAAAUGACCUGAUGUAAUGAUAAGACAAGAUGAGAUUAUUGGGACUGUUCAUAUUAUGAUUCAAAACCAUUAUCUCUUGUAGCAUUGUAGCUUGCUUAAAAAUGAUGGCCUUUUUUGAUGGGUUUUGUUGUGUGUCUUGUGAGCAAGUCAUUAAUGUGUCCAGUGUUGGAAUGGAAUUCUCACUACUGUUUCAUGAGUGGAUAUUUUGAUUCUAUGGUUCUUUCAGUAUUACAGCCUGACUUGUAACCAAUAAUGAAUAUUUCUUGAAUAUUUAAUGUAUAGGACAUUUAUUUAUACUUAAUAAAUAUUUUUCAAAAGGAUGUAAUUUUAAUAAUAUCACUUCAGCCUAAAAACUCCACUACAGAAACCAAGUUUAACCAGUAGUAUAGUGGUAUAUUGGAAAGAGCAAAGAACAGUCCAGGCAGUGGGUCUACUAACUACUAUAACAGGCUUCUGCAGUUGUGCAGCUUCUCAAAUGCCUGGCUUCUGCAGCACACGUGGCUUCUUUAGCACCCAGCUUUUGCAGUUUAUGGUAGCCAGCAGUCAGAGGCUUCCCCUGGCACCCCCCUUAAGUGGUUUGGUAGCAGAGAGCCUCUGGUGAAACAUUUCCCCAUGAAUGGUGAAUGGCCUUUCCUGGUACCCUAGAGGGUGGAUCUUUGGUAAGUCUCAUCAGGAUGCCAGUGACUUCUCUGCAAUCCCGUGAGCUGUAGCCAAGCCUUCUCUAACAAGGUCUGCAUCUUCAGUUCCAGUGGCUCUUCCUUGGAUACUGUCUCAGCCCUAGGGGUAGUGACUGCUCCUUAAAUUUGCUAAUCUGGUAUUCUUUAGAGUUCUCUUUACUUCUUACUAGCCAAUCCCUUGUUACAGUUAAUAGUCAUUUAAGUAAAGUUUCCCUGUUCAAAAUACUGUGUAGUUUCUCUCUCUUGAUUGGAUUCAGACCCAUAUACCUGGUAAUUUCUAAAGGUGACAAUAAGGUUUGAUGAAAUUAGUCACAAUUAAGAAUUUAUAUUCAACAUCAAAGGACAAAGUUAAUAUACUUAAUGGAAUGGAAGAAGGCAAUCGAAAUGUCUAAAACUGACAAGAAACUGAUACCUAGAAUAUUCAAGAAACUGGCAGAUAAAGAAAAAUACAGCAACCCCAACCGAAAAAUGGGCAGUGGAUAUCAAUAAGCGAUUUAACAAGAGGAAACCCAAAAAACCAUCAAGAAUGUGAAUAAGGAGGCAUGGUCUGUGGGUCCCUGAGGUGUAAUGGUGGGCUUGUGGACCCAGGCUGGGUGGCCCAGGUCACUGGCCGUGCCACCACAGCUGCCAUACUGCCUGCAUCCAGGCUCCCACGGCCGGCCCUGCCACCACUUUGGUGGUAUUAGAUUAUGUUUCUGAUGAACACAGAAUCCACAUGGCUUUCCUUUCCUUUGAUGGGAAAUGAGCAUUUGUUAAGAUUUUCAGUGAAUGAAACUGACUGGACUUUUUGAGCUCAUCAAUAAACAUGAGUGGUACCAAACCUGAUGUUUUGUGGGCACGCCAGGUUGAUAGGUUUAUUGUAUGUGACUUUGAACUAAGCCUUUAUCACGUGGAAUCUACUGUGAAUUCAGAACUCAAAGCUGGAUCUUUGUGUUUAUCUGAAGACUUCAUGUACGUUAAUCAGUUGCAGUUGAGUAGAUUCCGACUUGGCGAUCCCAUGUGUGUCAGAACUAUGCUCCAUGGGGUUUUCGAUGACUGAUUUUUUGGCCAGGACUUACUUUCGAGGCACCUCUGGGUGAACUCCAGCCUUCAGCUUUUCAGUUAGCAUGUUAACUAUUUGCACCAACUAGGGACUCAAUAAAUUCAAGUGCAUCUUAUUAAAAAAUAUAAAUAUAUGACCACUAGGUAUAUACCCAAAAGACUUGAAAGCAGAGACUGAAAUAGAGACUUGUAUACUAAUGUUCAUUGUAGCACUGUAACACUAUUCACAAUAGCUAAAGGUGGAAACAACCUAAAUGCCCAUCAACAGAUGAAUAAACAAAAUGUGGUCCACACAUACAAUAAAACACUACUCAGCCAGUAGGAGAAAUGAAGUCUCGAUACAUGCUACAAUAUGGAUGGAGUUUGAAGACAUUAUGCUGAGCGAAAAAUCAAUCGCAAAAGGACAAAUACUAUAUGACCUCACUUAGAUAAAAAGACAAGAAAAGGCAAAUGUAUAGAGACCAAAGUUUAUUAGUGGUUACCAGGGACAGAGGAAGGGGAGUGGGCGGUUAUUGCUUAUGGAGUACUGAGUUUCGGUUUAGGGUGAUGGGAAAAUCUCAUUGCACAUCCAAUUAUUGUUAAGUGGUGUCAGUAAGUUGUAUACCUGUACAAAGUUGAAUUGGCAAAAGUUGUGUGGCAAAUAUACCUACGAAAACGACCAAAAAAAAAAAAAAAGUAGCCUCUGAGGCUGCUUAUGUACAAGAAAA